CCAUUGGAUCUGAUUUUUCACGUUAUAAUCUGAGCCGUCCGAUCUUUAAAGAUGAAAUAUUUACGAUAAUGCCAUUAAUGAAACUUGUCUCUCAGCCGCUGGAUCUUAUGAGUCUGUUUUAAUCUUAGCCAUCAGAUUUUGUCUGGGUCCCACUGAAAAUUUAAUCACUCUUCUUCUUCUUCCUUUCUUCUUCAACCAUACCCAACCACGAAAAUUCAUUUCUUUCACCAACCAAACCUCUAUUCUUCAACUCUUCACCCACAAACCUUUACCUCUGUUUCUUAGGGUAUUUUUACAGGUUAUGACACCGUAAAACAUCUCAUUUGCGUCGUCCUUGGUUCUGAAAUCUAUUGGAAGUAUGGAUAGCAAUGGAUCUGUGGUGAUACACUUUGAACAUGGUGUAGACCGACAUAUUUCUACUUUGGUGAUGAAAGGAAGAUAUGAGGAGAUUACUUAUUCCCACUUGGUUGAUAGAAUAGGCAAAAAACUGAAGAUUGAUGUAGAUGCCACCGAGCUUCAACUGAGUUACUUUCCGCUGGUCUUGAAUAAUAAAAAUUCUUGUCAUAUCUUGGAUGAUGAAGAUGUUUUAGGAUAUUUGAUGAUGGUAGAUAAGAAGAACCGACGUUGUGUCUUGCAUGUGGAACUUGCCAAAAUCGUCUCAGAAAAUCAGAGCAACGAGAUGUUUUCUAUGAAUGAGGAAAAUCUGAGUGAUGCCAGAGCUAAUGAUGGCAUGGCUGGAGUUGGAGAGUUGGAAAUUGUUCCUCAUAUUCAGGAGGAUGAGUUUGAGCAUGAGAAAAUCAGUGAAGAGGGUGAUGAAAUGGAUGAUAGGGAGGAGUUGCCGGCUGUUACAGCAGUUGAACCUCCUGUUGUCAAUUCAGAAUGGGAUGAUGGCAUUGAUAUUAGUCUUCAUCAAGAAUUUGCGACUAGAGAAGAAGUGAGGGAUUUAGUGGACAAAGGUGUGCAUUCCAAUUGUUUUGAGGUUGAUAUACAGAAGUCGAAUCCUCGGGUUUACAUAUUGAAAUGUCGUGGGGCUGGAUGCAGAUGGUAUUUACGAGCUGCAAAGCUGAAGAACUCUGAUUUUUUCUCUAUCAGAACGUAUAGAAAGAUUCAUACGUGCUCUCGUGGAGAUGCAAGUGUCAUGAAGAAGAAGAAAAGAGGCACGCCAAGCUUGGUCGCAUCAGUGGUGCACUCUGAUUAUCCCGGCAAAUACAAGACUCCGGAUCCAAAGACUCUCAUAGAUUUGGUGCAGAACAAGCUGGGUGUUAAGGUUUCAUAUUCUACAGCUUUGAGAGGGAAAAAUAAAGCUUUGAGUGAUUUGCGUGGUAACCCGGAGGAGAGUUUUGCUAGGCUGCCAUCUUACUUGUACAUGUUACAAAGGAUGAAUCCUGAUACCAUUACACGAUUAGAAGUUGAUGAGAAGAACCAGUUUAAGUAUAUGUUCUUUGCGCUCGGAGCUUGCAUCGAAGGGUUCAAGGCGAUGAGGCAAGUGAUAAUAAUGGAUGGAACUCACCUGAAGGGUGUGUACAAAGGAGUGCUUCUCAUUGCCACUGCUCAAGAUCCAGAUCAUCAUCAUUAUCCCCUUGCUUUUGCAGUAGUAGAUGGUGAGAAAAAUGCAAGCUGGGAGUGGUUUUUAACUAUAUUAAAAACUUUGAUACCAGAUGAUCCUCAGCUUGUAUUUUGUACUGAUAGAAACCAAAGCAUCAUCAAGAAAGUACACGAGGUAUACCCAUUGGCGAUCCAUGGAUAUUGCAAUUAUCACUUGUCUAAUAAUGUCAGCGGAGCUUGCAGCAAUGUUAACAAGAAAGGGGUUGCCAAAAAAUUUAGAAGUAUUGCUGGUAUUUACAGUGAGGUGGAGUUCAUCAAAUGCUACAACGAUUUCAGGAAAAUGUAUCCUCAAGCGGCCGAGUAUCUAGAUGACAGUGUUCAUGAGACAAAAUGGGCAAGAUGUAAAUUUCCGGGAGAAAGGUACAACAUAGACACAACCAACACUGUUGAAUCUAUCAAUGGUGUUUUGAAGGAACCAAGGAAAUAUGCGUUGUUGCCAAUGCUUGAUGUGAUCGUGGAAAAGAUAACAGAAUGGUUCAACAAAUACCGUCUAUUAUCUCUACGCGUACCAGAGAGGCAGAUACUAAUCCCACAUGUGCAUGGGAUAUUGCAUCACAUAUAUCCUACGGCUAAAAGGCUGAAGGUGACCGAGCUAAAUACAUUUGAAGGUCACUACAAUGUGCUUGGCGAGGAUGGUCAUGGUUAUUUGGUUGAUCUGAGCAACAAAACAUGCUAUUGUAGGUAUUUUGAUAUUGAUCGGUAUCCUUGUGUGCAUGCACUUGCUGCCAUCAUGGCGCGUGGAGAAAUGGCUGAACAUUAUUGUUCUAGGUAUUACUGGAUGGAGCAGUGGACUUUGGCAUAUUACAGGACAAUAUAUCCAGUGCCUCAUCAUUCAACAUGGGAAAGUUCUGAAAUUCCUGAGGAAAUCCGAUCUCAGGUUGUCCUCCCUCCGUAUGUGGAGAAAAAAAAAGGAAGACUACAAGUUACUAGAUUCCCAUCUGCCGGAGAAUAUCGGAGGAAGAGAAAGAAGAAGUUUCCACCAUUGAUUGGUGAAAACGAAGAAAGUGACAGUGAUGGCAGUGACAGUGAUAGCAGUGGUAGUGACAGCAGUGACAGCAGUGGAAAUGGGAACGAAGGAGGUGACAACGAAGGAAGUGGUAACGAAAAAAAUGAUGAAUGAGUCUCAUUUGUGUUGUAGAAUUUAUUUGUGUGUUGUGGAACUUAUUUGUGUUGUAGAAUUUAUUUAUGUGUUGUGGAACUUUAUUUAUGCAUUAUGUUGUUUCAA